ACUAAACUAUUGAAGGAAGAAACUAACGUCGACUGAACUAACCAUGAUACUUAAAUUAAGCUUAAUGUUUUAUUUAUUAUUUGUUAGCUAUUGCUUCUGCGAAGAAUGCUCUCUUCACUACAAACCAAUCCCGGAAAGUAAAAAGCAGCUUCUCAAUAGAAUAUCUUUGUUAAACAGUCAAAGGUUUGUGGUUGUUGACAAAGGUUUCACAUAUGCUGUUACGAUUUGUAGCGAAGUUUCCAAAAAUUAUCCAAAUGCUGCUGCAGCUAGAAGUUUUAACACAGAUAAAAAUACAACAGUUAUCGGUCGUUUGAAUGACACACACAUCGUUGGUGGAAGUGAUUGGAUCCUACUCACCUACGCCAGUGGAGAUGUCCUUAACCACACGGACCACGGUCAUAACAAGUCAAUCACCACUUCACUCAUGAUAACCUGUAACCGGGAGUCUGAUCAGACUUUGUUCUUACUGGAGGAUGAUGACAUAGAAGGAGAUUGUCAAGUAACUUUCAGCCUAAGGACCUCGGUAGUUUGCCCUAACAAUCCUAAAGGACUGAGUGGAGGUUCCGUCUUCUGUGUUUUGCUGCUCACUGGCGCAAUGAUGUACCUGAUUAUCGGGGUCGCAUAUCGGCGCAUCAUGACUGGAGCACAAGGACUUGAGCAGAUACCCAACUAUCACUUCUGGCGCAACCUGGGCAACUUACAAGCGGAUGGUUGUGACUUUGUGUGCCGCAAGGGCGCAGGGCGAGACGAACCGUGGAAUCGUAUUACGAGCAACUUCAACGACCCAGCAGACGAGCCGUUAUUGCACCCUUAAAACAUUCUGACUUUCAAUAAGAUGUGGCGUUAGCCGUUUCCCAACUAAAAAUACCUAAAUACUUCAUAACCUUGACCAAUAGUUUACUCAAUGUAUAUAUUAUUUCAUCUUCUCAAGUUCUCAAGUCGUCGAACUGUUGGAACAAAUCAAAUGGUUGUUAAUUUUAAUAAACCGUAUUUUUCUUUUAUUUUUAUAUUAUUUCCAGGUUUAGUGUAGAUUUUAGUUAAGGUUACGUUCAUAGUUUUUAUGAAAAAUUACUUUU